AUAAGGGCGUGUGCGUAGAGGACAACCAGGCAAGCACAUCGGCUCAGCGUCGGCAUAGAAGAUACCGCAGCUCCUGGAAGAAGGAGGCCGGCGGGUGAAAAGUGGAGUUUUUCUAGACAGGGAAAGCUCGCUUUCGGUUUGUUCCUGUGGAAAAGAGUCAUUCACUACCAGCCAUGAAGUCACUGUGGGCUCUAGCUGCCCUGCUUUUGAGCUGUUGGCGGGCCGACGCGUCCACAGCGGGGUUUAUAAAAUCCCCCCUGUCCCAGAUGAAGCUCAUCAACGACAGUGUCGAGCUGCACUGCGAGGUGAUAGGGAACCCCAUCCCCGAGGUGCAGUGGUGGUUUGUAGAGGGCGAGGAGUCCAAUGAGACGUUCACCCAGCUGUUUGACGGGGCACGCAACGAGCGCGUCCACAUAAACGCCACGUACAUAGCGCACGCCGCCAGCACCAUUCACCUCCUCGGCCUGCGCCUCGACGACACGGGCACGUACGAGUGCCGCGCUUCCAACGACCCACACCGCAAUGAUCUGAAGAAGACGCCCAAAAUCAAGUGGAUCCGGUCGCAGGCAAACAUUAUUGUGAUUGAAACCCCACAAAUCCAGGUGGAACCCGUUGAGGUGAACAACCAAUCAUCUGCCGUUCUCACCUGCAACUUGACGGACUCCAGCCUUUCUAGCAAGGGUCACUUCUGGACGCACAAUGGCAACGUCAUCGAGGACUCAAAGUCCACUGAGCUCGUUUACAACGCCGUAUACCGUUUGGAUAAGAUCACCUACAAAGAGUCCGGAAAAUACGAGUGCGUGUUUGAGACGGACCCACAAGUGAAGAAGAGCAUUGAGGUUAAAGUGGCUCCUCACGUUGCUGCCUAUAAACACUCCGAGCACGGCAAUGAGAUGGACAAAGGUUUGCUCACCUGUGUGGCUCAUGGGUACCCCCUCCCCACUGACUGGAUGUGGUUCAAGAAAGAAGGGGACGGUGAAAAGGCCAUCUUCAACGGCACUGGUGAGAGGUAUGAGAUCAAGAGCACCCCUAACAAGACCAUCCUGAUUAUCGAGGAGCUGGACAUCGAGAAGGACAGCGGAGACUACAUCUGCGCUGGUAUGAGUGAAGUCGGCCAAAACAGAGACGAGAUCCACCUGCGUGUCCGCAGCCGCCUGGCCGCUCUCUGGCCCUUCCUCGGCAUCGUGGCUGAGGUCAUCAUCCUUGUGACCAUCAUCUUCAUCUAUGAGAAGAGGAGAAAGCCUGAUGAGGUCAACGAUGACGAUGACUCAGGAGCCGCUCCUCUGAAGAGCAAUUCUACUUCGAACCACAAGGACAAGAAUGUGAGGCAAAGGAAUUCCAACUAAAAGCUGAAGGAGAUGGAUGUCAAGUUGGCACUCCAGGAUUCAACUGUUGUGGCACAUUAUAUUGUGCAAUCCUCCAAUUUGAAGUACCUUUUUUGUGCUUGGGUGUUUUAGAGAAUAAUUUCCCAGUUUUUUUUGUUUUUCUUUAAUGCUUAACUUGUUCACAUUGUGCAGCCAGGAACAUGGUGUGAAACGACACUUUCUGCUUGAGGCCAUGUGGCGAGUCUUGCAUGAGUUUAAAUGCUGUUCUAGCCAAGCGCGUGUCGUAAAAUGACGUAAGAAUGCAUCGUUUUUGUGAGAUUCGGUUUUAUGCUGCCGCUUUCUGCACAGGCUUCACAAUUGUUACCGUACGGUCUUCUGUUCUCUAAUUUUUCCUCUAACGUCGCUCAUUCACGAAGCAGCGCAGUGAUUCUCUUUUGAUCCAGACUCUUGUCAUUUCUGUUGGAAAACAUCCAGGUUCACUGGGAUUCAUGUGAUCUGUUGCCACCCCUCAAACCUUGUUUGCAGAGUUUUUACUUGGCCUUAAACUGCUUUUGUGUUUUUUGUUUUCUUUUUUUUUUACAUCCUCAAUAAAAUAAUCAUUUAAUUCUGAUGGUUUUAAUUUAUUUCACAAUUUGCAAACAUUCAAUCUCUGCAAGGGUGUGUUUUUAUUUUUUUGAAGAAACUAAUUUUAUUAGUGUUUUAAUUUCUUUUAUAUAAAAUUUGGUCCCUUUUUGUUGCUGGACUAAUCACCCCCAGAAUAAAAAUUAUCUUGGACCAAGUGCAAAAUAUUUUAAGUGUUGCAUCUGUACAAUGCAACUUCGAUAACGUGCACGUGUUUUUAAAUGAGUACUACUGAAUCUUUAUUCCUCUGCUUAUUGUGACGCGAAAACACUUGUCUGAUUGUUGAAUGGUCGUCUCUGUCCUCUUCACUGUGUAGGUAAUUCAGAAGCCAUAUAUUCCAUUUAACCUGAACAAUGUGGUUAUUGAAUGUUACACUUUAGCGUUGCAAAGUUUAAAGACCUAGCCAGAAUUGUGUCAAGUGCUGUACCUUUCCGUCAACACGGAGCGCCAUCCUUUGUACAACUUGCACAAACUGAAAUAAAGAGAUGGAAAUUUCAA